CUGCGUCACUCCUUGGCAACGGAGUCUGUCAGUCGAAGGGAGAAGCUGCAGAACAAGAAAUCCGACUUUCAAGGUUUCCUUGUUGGUAGCUACCUGUGAGGACAAAGACUCCUCGUCAAGCGUCUUUCGGUUACUUUUCGAAGAAAAUAUAUAACGCAACAAGAUAAAAUACACGUACAUUUUCCACAAUGGUGAAGGUUUCUUUUAAUUCUGCUUUGGGUCAGAAAGAUGUGAAAAAGGAGGACGGUAAUGAGGCUCUCAUUCCUGAAUACAAGGACCCGGAGGAUGGCGUGCGGGUUCGGCAGCAGUCGAAGGCCUGGUGCUGGUGCAUGUGCCUGGGCCUGGCCCUCAUACUGUCGGGCGUGGUCGUGGGAGGAGUCUACCUGUACAGAUACGUGCUAAAUGAUCAUUCCCAGGAGGGCCAGGUGUUCGUGUGCGGGGUGAACUACAGAGAGGAGGACUACAUGGUUCCAGAGGAGGACGUGGAUCUGCCACAGCAGCUGCGGAGUAUCCAGGAGAAGGUCCACUUCUGGGAGGACGAGGAGGUGGAGCUCAUCAACGUCCCCGUGCCAGAGUUCGAGGACAGCGACCCCGCCGACAUCGUCCACGACUUCCCCAGGAAACUGACUGCAUACCUGGACCUCAGCCUGAACAAAUGCUACAUCAUCCCCCUCAACACCUCCAUCGUCAUGCCCCCGAAGGACUUCAUGGAGCUGCUGGUCAACAUCAAGGCUGGGACCUACCUGCCACAGUCCUACCUGAUUCACGAGCAGAUGAUCGUGACGGAGAGGAUAGAUGAUGUGGACCAGCUGGGAUUCUUCAUCUACAACCUCUGCCGUGGCAAAGACACGUUCAGGCUGCAGCGCAGAGAUACCAUACUGGGCAUGCAGAAGCGUGAGGUGCUGAACUGCGUGAAGAUCCGCCACUUUGAGCACAGUUUUGUGGUGGAGACCAUGAUCUGUGAGGGCUAGAGUAAUAGUUCUGUUUUUUUUAAAGAGCCUUUCAAGACAUUUAAGGUCACUCUACAGGGAAAUACAGACACAGUACAGAGGAAAAAAUCUCCCCAGCUCUCAGUCCACCACUCUCAGUUCACAAAUGUGAACAUUUAAACAUUUUUUACUUUUGUUUUCCAAGUGUGUUCAUUUGAAUGUGCUGAAUGUUGUUGAUUGUUCUUGUUUCUUAACUACAGGUAGCUUGGGUGAGGGUAGUGUAUUUGUCUAUAAGCAAUAUAAUGCAUCAGAAGACUACGAAAGUAUUGUCACUGAAGUGUUUUUUGAUAUGCAUUCAUAAGGACAAUACUCCUCAGGAGAAAAAGAGGGGCCCUCCCCCCUCUGUGUCUGUUUUUAGGGAGUUGCCUAUACUCUUCUUACUCUUUCCAGGACUUAACUGCUAGUUUGAUGAAAAAAUAAAAGUAAACUUCAAUGAAAACCAGGUGAAUUAAAUUCUAUAUAUUUAGAAUAUUUAAAUAAAAAGCAACCCGUAGCAGGAAGCUCUGAAAAAUGACUGCAACUGCGUGAUUAAUCGAUUGGAAUAUACAUGUAUAAUCUGUAUUUCUAUUUUGAAAAUUCACAUAAAUUAAUGAAAAUGUUACACAUGGGAUACUUUCAUUUUUCUAAAAUAAACCUAGCUAUAUGGCUGGAUUAGUCCAGUUUGUCUUUAGUUUUUAUAUAUUCAUUGUCUGCUGUAGCAAACUAAAUACUCUACAGAAAUAUUUUCCUAACAUUUCUCGCAAUAUUGAUCAUCUUGAAAUAAUUGUGUAUAUGAUUAAUUUUCUUAAUAUGUAAGAAAAGCAUUAAUUACACCUUUGACACUUUUUAUAAUGCAAGGAAGAAAUUGAUUUGUAAGAACUAAUAAAUUGGAGGGGAAAAAGGUUUAGAAUUAGGAUUAUUAGUAUUGUUUUGUGUAUUAAAAAAUACACAUUUUUGUUUUAAAGGUAAUCUUUUCAGUAAAAAUGAUUUCUGUGAUUGUUUGAAUGUCUCACAGAUCUUUGGACUGUACUAAUUUGUGCUGUACAUAACACAUGUAAAAAUGACCAAUUCUGCAAUAAAUCCUCUGUAGGUCA